AUGGACAACCAGAUUAGAUUUUUUAUUGCAAAUCCGUAUACAUCAUUUGACAUUGCCCAUGUCCCCUGGGAUGCAUAUUCAUGGUUCCGGCGAGGUGUUUCCAAGCUGAGAAAGUCCUCGUUGCGCUCCUCUUCCACCACCGCCGAUUCCUCCUCCACCGCCAACAUCCACACGAGGGGUUCCAGUAACAAAUUACAAGAAGAAGAAGAGAAAUUCUAUGGAAUCACUGAGCAAUUGAUAGAAUUUAUCAAAUCCUUCUCUCUCGAAACCUUCAGGAACUUCUCUCUUCCUGAUGCAGAGGGAAGUAGUUGUGAUGGUAGAAAUUCUGGGAAUGUGCGGAAGGAUCUUUCUGACUGGCAAGAAACACAUGCCAUGCUUGUUCUUUCCAGAGUCAAGGAACUUGCACAACUACGAUUUCAGUUAUGCCCUCGCUAUUUGAAGGAGAGGCAGUUUUGGAGAAUAUAUUUCAGUCUUGUUAGGAGUUAUGUGGCUGAAUAUGAGCUGCAUGCUGUACGACUAGCCAAACUCAAAGAGAUUAGAAUGGGGAAUGAAACUGUCUCUAGCGGUAGUGCCUAUGAAGUUGAAAUGUCUGAAGCAAAAUUUAUGAGGCCUGCAGGGUCUGCAAGUACUAUGGAAGAAAAUUAAGUGACCAUCCUCAGUUUCAUGAUAUAGGAUGAGCUUUCUCUGAGGUCGGGAGUCAUCGGAAUGGAUAUCAAGUGAAGUUAACGCAGGUGAAAGUCUGCUAAGGCAACCAAAAAAAUAAAAAGAAGGAAAAAAAAAGAAAAGAGAAGAAAAGAAGAAACUCUGUGCUGAAGUCUAUAUCCGUGCUGUCUGGUAAAUGGCAAGGCUCAAUCCUUCCUCCAAAAUAUACCGUUCAUCUUACACUUGGUGCUUGUUUAUAAUAUUCAACAGUAGAACGUGAAGAAGCAGAAGUUUAGUUCACUUCUUGUGCUUCUUUGGCUUUGGAAGUUAGCUAUUUUGAUGUUCAAACUGAUCAGGUCCCAGUUGGAACUUUAAAUGUAAAAUGUGAUUCAAAUCCUUUUGCAAUAGAAAUUUCAUCUAUAGGACUAA